AUGCUAACAGGCUCCAUGGAGAAAGCCGCCGCUAGCCGCCGGGGCCGCCACCGCGACACAAGACCGGCCUCAUUCGCCAUGUUGGCUUACCCAAUGGGAGAGAGGCAGAACUGUCUGGUUCCACACUGGAAGGCUCCAGCAGGGAUGCUCACCCAGUUUUUACGGAGACAAAGCCUCAGUGCGAGGACUGCCUUGCUGCUUGGAGGUCUUUUCUUGGUUUUCUAUCUCUACAAAGAGUCUUUGGACCACACAAACCUCAGAAUGGAUGUCAGACAAAUAUCACCAGACACCCUGAAUACCUCCAAUGUAUUCUCCUGGCCAAAUUGUAAACAAAACAUGACUGCUAACAACAUCACAAGCUUCAGCUCACUUCCUGGUCAUAUAAAAGACUUUUUAUAUUAUCAACAUUGUAGACAUUUUCCCAUACUACUGGACCUUCCUGACAAAUGUGGAGGAGCUGAUCAAUCCUCAGAAGUCUUUCUUCUGCUGGUAAUCAAAAGCCCUCCAUAUAACCACGACCGCAGAGAGAUACUGCGCAAGACCUGGGCAAAUGAGAGAUUUAAGAACGGUGUGUGGACCAGACGUAUCUUCAUCUCAGGAACAACAGGUUCUGAUUUUGAGAAGGAAAGACUGAACAAAGUUCUCAAGUUGGAGCAAAGUGAGCACAAUGACAUUCUUCAAUGGGACUUCAGUGAUACAUUUUACAACCUCACCUUGAAGCAGAUACUCUUUCUGGAAUGGAUGGAAAGAAAUUGUCCAAAUGUACAUUUCUUAUUCAAUGGUGAUGAUGACGUCUUUGUAAACACAAACAAUGUGGUCAAGUAUCUCCAAAGCCUUGAGGACAAUGAUGGAAGCAAGCACCUCUUUACUGGACAUUUGAUCCAGUAUGUUGGGCCAAUUAGAAUACCAUGGAGCAAGUAUUUUGUUCCAGUUCAGUUGCAGGAAUCAGACUCAUAUCCCCCAUACUGUGGUGGUGGGGGCUUCUUUUUAUCUGGUUACACAGCUUUGGUCAUAUACAACAUGUCCAAGUCUACUGCCCUACUUCCCAUUGAUGAUGUUUACAUGGGAAUGUGCCUGGCCAAAGCAGGACUAAGUCCUGUUUCACAUAUCGGUGUAAAGACUGCAGGACUGUAUAUACCCUCCAAAAAUAUAGAUAAGUAUGACCCUUGCUUUUUUAGGGAAAUUCUACUGGUUCACAGGUUCAAUAUAGCAGAAUUGUUCCUUAUGUGGCACAGAAUAAAUGACCCCAAACUGAAAUGCUUUGCUAAUAGUGACUAA